AUGGUUGUUCUCGGAUCCCUCGCUACGGCGUGUCUAGCGACGCUCAUCCCAAGCGUGUCGGCAUUGUUGGCGUUCCCUGGCGCUGAAGGGUUUGGUCGAAAUGCCGUCGGUGGUAGGACGGGCUCGGUCUACCAUGUGACGAACCUAAACGACUCGGGAACGGGGUCAUUUCGCGAUGCCGUGUCAAAGGCAAAUCGUAUAGUCGUCUUUGACGUGGGAGGAACUAUCAAAAUCGCUACGCGGAUUGCCGUCUCUAAGAAUAUUUACAUUGCCGGACAGACUGCUCCGGGUGAAGGCAUUACGGUUUAUGGCAACGGCAUGUCGUUCUCUAACGCCAACGAUGCCAUCGUGCGCUAUAUCCGAUUUCGCAUGGGCAAGGGCGGCGACUCGGGCAAAGAUGGAAUCACCAUUGCUGACGGUAGCAAUAUGAUAUUCGACCAUGUCUCCGCGGCCUGGGGACGAGACGAAACUUUCUCCAUCAACGGCGCCGUGCACAACGUGACCGUGCAGAACACGAUUAUCGCCCAGGGCCUGGAAACGCACUCAUGCGGUGGGCUGAUGCAGUCUGAUUACGGCAUCAGCCUCUUCAGGAACUUGUACAUCGACAACAAGACAAGAAACCCCAAGGUCAAGGGCAUGAACGACUUCCAGAACAACGUCAUCUAUAACUGGGGCGGAGGCGGCGGCUACAUCGCCGGCGACAGCGCCGGGCAAAGCCACGCCAACAUCAUCAACAACUACUUCAUCUCCGGGCCCAGCACCAGCGUAACCGCGUUCACACGGGGCAACGCCAAUUUCCACGGUUAUGUUUCCGAGAACUACUACGACAGCAACAAAGACGGGUCCCUCAACGGCUCUCCCCUCUGCGCGCAGACCAGCUGCUACAGCAACAUGGCGAUCGAGCCGUCACGCUUCGACUACCCCGGCCCGACGCAUCUACUGACGGCCCCGGACGCCGUGCCCCACGUCCUCAGCGCCGUUGGGGCGAACUUCCCUGCGCGAGACGCGGUGGAUAAGGGAUUGGUAGCGGAGGUGCAGAGUUACGGGAAGAAAGGGCAGUUGAUUAGUGACGAGAACGCGGCUUCAUCUGGGGGAGUGGGAGGUGUGGUGACUGUGAGCGCGUUGACGGAUACGGAUGGGGAUGGGAUCCCGGAUGAGUGGGAGAGCGCGCAUGGGCUUGAUCCGAGGGAUGCGGGCGAUGCGAUGGAGAUUGGGGCGGCUGGGUAUGCGAAUAUUGAGGUUUAUGUUAAUUCGCUUGUUCCGUCUUCUUGA